AUGACUCUUCAGCUUUCUGCGCUCAUCCAUCAAAUCAGGGCAGCACAGUCCAUUGAUGAGGAGCGUCAUGUCAUUACAACAGAAUUGGCUAAUAUUCGUACAUAUAUUAGAGAAUGUGAACCAGAAAUGCGUCCUCGCGUCAUAGCCAAGCUUGUUUAUUUAAAUAUGAUUGGUGAGACAACAUCAUGGGGUCAAAUGGAAACGCUUAGCCUUAUGGCUGAUGACCGUUUCUCAUUCAAAAGAAUUGGAUAUUUAGGUGCAGGCCUUCUCCUCGAUGAAACAGCAGAUAUUUCAGUUUUACUUACGCAUACAAUCCAAAAGGACCUUCAGUCAAAGCACAGAUUCGUUGUUGCUUUAGCGUUGGCAGUUCUUGCAAAUAUCGGAUCAACAGAACUCUGCAGAUCAUUAGCUGCUGACGUCCAAAAGGUUCUUGCCAUUGAUGACCCAUUCCUUAGGAAGCGCGCAGCAAUGGCUGUUAUCAGAAUUAUCAAGAAACUUCCAGAAUUUACAGAAACUUUCCAAACUCAUGUUCAUCUUCUCUUAAACGACUCACAACACUCCGUCGUACUCUCAGGCAUUGGUAUGGUUAUUACCAUGCUCAAAGCCCAGCCAGAACUCGCAAAUACAUGGUCUAAAUUCACUCCGGCCUUUGUUAAGAUUCUCAGAUCACUUAUUGCUUCAUCCCGCAGCUCUGAUGAAGCUUCUGAUCCAUUCCUUCAAGUCAAAGUCCUCGAAAUUCUCGCAUUACUUAAAUCUCCAUCAGAUGACCUCGAUGAAGUACUUGCUUCCAUUGUUUCUACAGCAGACAUGAAGCGCUCCGAUGGCCGUGCAGUCCUUCUUCAGGCUGUACAAACAAUUGUUGCCGUUGCAAAGAAACCUUCGCUCAGAACUCUCGCUUUCAGCCAGAUUGGCAGACUUUUAUCAUUCAGAGAAUCGAACGUUUUAUACUCAGCCCUGAACGUCUUCUCCAGGGUUCUCUACGCCAACAGAGAUAUUCUUGACCGUACAUCUGCAGAUUCCUUGGCCCUCCAGCGCUACAAAGGACAGAUCGUCAGAUGCCUCGACAACCCUGAUAUCUCAAUCCGCCGCAGAGCCCUCGACGUCAUCUCUGCUCUCAUUGAUCGAGAUAAUGUAGAGCGUCUUGUACCAGAAAUCCUCAAAUACUUGCACUUGGCGGACACUGAUUUCAGAAUGGAGCUUGUUGGCCGUAUCUUCACAGCCAUUCAGAGCUUUUCUCCAUCCGAACAGUGGAUGUUCGACGCAAUCAUGCAGAUUUUGAGAGAAUCCGGCGGUUACGUAAAGUCCGAUAUCAUCUCUGCCGUCUGCAAGGUCGUAGGAAGGAGCGAAGUAAUGCAGCAAUACGCUGUCAAGCAAUUACAGGAAGAACUUACAAGAAACUCAACAGUCCAGCCUCUCGUUCAAGUUGCCGCAUGGAUCCUCGGCGAAUUUGGCUCAGAAUCAGAGAAUUUAACUGCAACAUUCAAACAAAUUCUUAAUCUUCCACAAACAACAAAAGAAACGAAAGCAUACAUCUUUACAGCUAUCGCUAAGAUAGCCUCACGUUCACAGGCCGACCAAGCAACAAUGGAAGCACUCGCGUUCGGAGUUACAGAUAAUGAUCUCGAUUUACAGCAACGCAGCGGCGAAUACUUGCAGCUUCUUACUAAAACUACAGUUGCUGACCAAGUUCUUGCUCCUGCUCCGGCAUUUGAAGAUGAUGAUGAAGAAGGACCGAAGAAAGCGGACAACAAAGGAGCGGCCGUUCAAGGCGACAUCAUUGAUUGGAAUCCUACACCUUCCACGUCCCAGAAAGAAGCUCCACCGCUCAUUGAUAUGUCAGAUGCCUCUUCCACGACAAAUAACUCCAUUGACCUUCUUAAGUCGAUGUUUGAUGCCACCCCAGCCUCAACAGCACCAGCACAGGCUCCGCAACAGAAGCAACCGCAAAUUCCACCAGGCGCAGUUUUGGCAUACGAUAAAGACGGCGUACAGAUCUAUUUCGAGAUCCAGAGACCAAACGCAAACCAGGUUUCCGUCAGACUUAACGCUUACAACAGGACAUCUACACAGAUUAAGAGAUUCAAGGUAGAAUUCGCUUGCACACAGGGAUGGAUACCGAAAUACGAGUUGCCAUCAGGAGAUACAAUGGAGCCAAUGAAUGAAAGACCUCUCCAGCAGAUAAUGAGGUGGCAAAACUCGGGACAAUACAAAUUCGCCCUCAAAAUCAGAGUUAGCUAUGUAUACGGAACUAUGCCAAUACAGCACGACCAUGAUGUCACUGUUUUCUGA